CAAAAAGCCAAAAAACCAAAAACAGCAUUUUAAAAAAAAAAGAAAUCUGCCCCUAAUACAGGCCUUCCAAUGUUUUCCCUACUUUUGCCCUUCAGUAUUUUAAAAAUAUUUAUUCAAUAGAUAUUUGAGGGCCCACUCUGUUGUAGAAAUUGUCUUAGGUAUUGUGGAUACAGUUUGUAAGUAUUCAAAGCAAGUCCUUUCCCCUAUGUACUUAUAUUCAAGUUGGAAAACAUAAGUAAACAAAUACAUACUAUUUGAUGAAGUGAUAAAUGUCAUGGGGAAAAAAGUAAGCAGGUGAAAGACAGGGGAGCCUGCCUCAGGUCUUCCCUAAAGAUCCUAAGGCAACUUUUGAACACAAAUCUUCCUGAUGUAAAAGAGGAAGCAGUACAAAAGUCUGAAGAGGCUUUCUAGUACAAAUGAUGGCAAAUAUUAAGGCUCUCGGGCAGGAAUGAGAGUGGUAUGUUUGAAGAAAAACAAGAGAGCCACUAGACUUAGAAAGGAGUGAUAAGUAAUGAGGAUGAGAAUAGCAGCAAAUGAAGUCAGAGAAGUAGGUAGUGGUUAGAUCAUAUAGAUCAAGGUAAUGAACAAAUUUUACUCUAAGCUUGACAAAGCCACUGGAGAGUUUUGCACAAGAGAGUAAAGGGAUCUGGGGGGUUUUUGUUUGUUCUGUGAAAAUUAUUGGCUAAUGUUGAAAGUAAACUGUAAGAAAGUAGGAAGCAGGAAGAAUAGUUGGGAAGUUACUGCAGGCAAGAGGUAGCUCAGACUAGGUAUUUAGCUGAUGAGAAGUGUGUCAGCUAUAGGAUAUACUUAGCAAGUACAGCUCAUAAUAAGACACUCAUAUAUUGAAAGGGAGUUUGGGGAAGGAAACCAGAAUGACUCAGUUUUUUGGCCUUAACACCUAGGUGAAUGGUUGAAUGGUAAAACAGUUCUCAGUUUCACAAAUUUGUUCAGGUUAAUGUAAAACAAACAUAACCUUUAAAAAAAAAAGUCUAUAAUGAUUAUUAUUUGGAACAAAAUCAGUUGCUAUACUAUAAUUGCUCCUAAUUUCAAGUCAGAAUACAUAAUAUCAGUUUCUAAAUAGACAUAAGCUCAGAAAUGUCUCUAAUUUUAGUAUUCAUUGGUGACUCUUUCCUGUAGCAGUUAAUACUGUGGAGUUCCAAUAGUGGUUUUCUUUUUCCCUCAUUCUGUCUACAAUUAUUUUUUGGAAUUCUUGUGUGAGGAAAAUUUUCCCUUCUCUUCAUUGAUUUAUGGAAACAUUUAUAUUAUGGACUCAUGGAUAUUUUAUUCUUUGGUUUGUAAUCCACUAUUAUCAUUAUUGAUUUGUUGCUCAAAUUAUCUUCCAGCUUUGACCAUUGGGAGGCAAAGUUCCCAGUAGAACUUCACAGGAGUGACGCCCUCUAGGGAAUUAGCAGCUGACCUUGGCGACAGCACUCUGGCACUGGGUUGAUGACAUCACUUCCGGGGCGACGGAUUCGGGCUUUCUUGCGCAGAGAAGGGCAGUUGAGCGUCUUUGGUACGGAAAGAAGACGAGUACUAGCUACUGGUCCUUCACAAGGAAGAACAGGUGGGAUUAUUCCUCCAGUAGCUCAACAGCUUCAUAGAGAAAAUAUUCAACGCAUAGUGCAAGAAGCUCUCUCUGCCAGUAAAGUCUCUCCAAGUGAACUCUCAGCAGUUGCAACUACUGUAAAACCAGGACUUGCUUUAAGCUUGGGAGUAGGCUUAUUCUUUAGCUUACAACUAGUAGACCAGUUUAAAAAACCCUUCAUUCCCAUUCAUCAUAUGGAGGCUCAUGCACUUACCAUUAGGUUGACAAAUAAAGUAGAAUUUCCUUUUUUAGUUCUUUUGAUUUCUGGCGGUCAUUGUCUUUUGGCAUUAGUUAGAGGAGUUUCAGAUUUUCUGCUUCUUGGAAAGUCUUUGGACAUAGCACCAGGUGACAUGCUUGACAAGGUAGCAAGAAGACUUUCUUUAAUAAAACAUCCAGAGUGCUCCACCAUGAGUGGUGGGAAGGCCAUAGAACAUUUGUCCAAACAGGGAAAUAAGUUGCAUUUUGAUUUCAAACCUCCCAUGCAACGUGCUAAAAAUUGUGAUUUUUCUUUUUCUGGACUUCAACAUGUUAUUGAUAAGACAAUAAUGCAGAAGGAAAAGGAGGAAGGUAUUGAGAAGGGGCAAAUCCUGUCUUCAGCUGCAGACAUUGCUGCUGCAGUACAGCACACAGUAGCCUGCCAUAUUGCAAAAAGAACUCAUCGUGCUAUUCUGUUUUGCAAACAGAGAGACUUAUUAUGUCAAAGUAAUGCAGUAUUGGUUGUAUCUGGAGGUGUUGCAAGUAACUUAUAUAUACGAAAAGCUUUAGAAGUUGUGACAAAUGCAACACAAUGCACUCUGUUGUGUCCUCCUCCCAGACUAUGCACUGAUAAUGGCAUUAUGAUUGCAUGGAAUGGUGUUGAAAGGUUGCAUGCUGGCUUGGGCAUCUUAUACAACACAGAAGGCAUCCGCUAUGAACCGAAAUGUCCUCUUGGAAUUGAUAUAUCAAAAGAAGUUGGAGAAGCUGCCAUAAAAGUACCACGAUUAAAAAUGAAGCCUUGAUUUUUGCUUUUCAAAAAAAAUCUCUAAAGGUAGUAAUAUUUUUUUUGUAUAUUGAAUAUAUAAUAUUAAUAGUUCAUCAGGACUUUCUUUUGUUAUUCUUUUUCUUAUAUUUGAUGUUUAACCUGCUGUUCUGAGAGACUGUAAUAAUAAGUUAUAGUCUUAUGAGGGAAUAUAAGUUUUUUUAAUUAUCAAAAAUCAAAAUAAAACCUCUUGUGGGGAAAAGAAUAUAGUGAUAUUGUCAGGUAUAAAGAAAAACCUUGGAAAAAAUAUAUAGCAAUUUUCCUAAAUCCUGGCCCCAUAUUAUAUAAGCAUAGAUCUUUUCCUCUAUUUCUCAUAUCAGGGUAGUAGAAACUAUUUUUUUGCUCCUGCUGAAACAUAAACCAGAAUUUUCUAAUGAGAGAGCAAUUUUAGAAAGGUAGCCAAGUCAAAGUUAUGUCAACUGGGAGAAUUCUAAGUCAAAACAAAAGGUGACUUUGUCUAACAAAAGGUAUAUUAGUAAUUAUAAAAAAUACAUAUUAGAUAUCUUUCCUGAAGCAAGUAGGAUUUCUAUAAUUCCUUAAAAUCCAUCUUAGAUUUUAAAAAAUAUGACAUGCAGGUAAUCCCUCAAGUGUGUAUUGUACUUUUUAGUUAGCCACAUACAUUCAUAUUCAUUAUUUUAGAAAUUGUAUCUAAUCAUUGAAAAUAUAUGAGAUGAAAAGGGUUUUGUUUUGUUUUUGGAUAAUGUCCUUUGAAUCUGAACUUUUACUGCAGAUAUCAUUAACAGCUUAUCACUUUUAUUCUGCCCAGAUUAGAGUAACAAUGUACUGUCCUUUGAACAUAAGAAUGAUUUUACUAAUUAUUUAAUGUCCUUUGAGAGAUUUUAUUAGUAGAGAUUUCUAUUACACUAGUCAUACUUGAUCAAGUUGUUAAGUUUCUAAUCAGUGACUUGUUUUAUUGAGAAACUAGGGGGUAAAGAUAAAAAUCUAGGAUAGGAGUUCCCGUCGUGGCGCAGUGGUUAACGAAUUUGACUAAGAACCAUGAGGUUGCAGGUUCGAUCCCUGGCCUUGCUCAGUGGGUUAGCGAUCCGGCGUUGCCGUGAACUGUGGUGUAGGUCGAAGACAUGGCUCCCAUCCCGUGUUGCUGUGGCUCUGGCGUAGGCCCCUAGCCUAGGAACCUCCAUAUGCCACGGGAGCAGCCCUUAGAAAAGGCAAAAAAAAAAGACCAAAAAAAAAAAAUCUAGGAUAAAAAGUUUUCUUAUUUUAAUCCUACCUUAAGCUCACUUUCCUUUGGGGAAAUUCCGUGAGUAAUUCUCUUUUCUAGAAUUAUGAUCAUAGAAUUUUUUUUUUUUUAGGGUCGCACCCUCAGCAUGGAAGUUCCCAGGCUAGGGGUCAAACAGGAACUACAGCUGCCAGCCUACACCGAGCCAUAGCAAUGCCAGAUCCACACCACAUCUAUCAUCUACACCACUACUCACAGCAAUGCCGGAUCCUUAGCCCACUGAGCAAGGCCGGGGAUCAAACCCACAUCCUCAUGGACACUAGUCAUAUUUGUAACUGCUGAGCCAACAACAGGAACUCUGUGAUCAUAGAAUAUUGCUUUAUGAUCCUCCAUUUUAUCCUGGACAUAGAAAAUAUAAUUUAUAUGAGGAAACAUACAGAAACAGUAACAUUUACAAAGCCUACAUUAUUUGAUAUUGAGGUGUAGAUGUGAUAAAAUUGGUUUAUAGCUAUCAUUUAGAAGAAACUAUUAAUUUGUGAAUUCACAGUUUACAUUUGGUUUGUAAACCAUGUGAAUUUGUAUCAUGUGAAUCUGAAUUCACAGAGAGGAAGUAUAUUUUCUAUGGCUAGUACAAUAAGAGUGCAUGUAAACUAUGGAAGAAAAUUGAUCAAAAUUUUUUUCCACCAUCACAAAUAUUUUAAAAUAGGAAUAUCUAUAAAUUCUUAAAAUUUUAAAAUACAAAAUUACUCCAGGUACUGCAGACAUACAUGUCAAAAUUGAAUUUGUGAUAUAAUAAAGGGAAACUACAAAUAAAGAAAAUGAGCAAAUUCUGGAAGCAUUCCAUAUCUUUAGGUCUUUCUGGGUUUAGCCAGAAGCAAGGAAGAGAAAGAAGAGAGAGAGAUAGGAAGGAAAAGGAAGGGAGAAAUUUUGAACCCUAUAUUGGCAAGUGAGCACAUAGUACAGGAAAGAGGCAGGCAGUAUGCUGAAAUCCUCUAUGUCUUAAGGCCUUUCUCAUCUUAUGCAUAAUUUUUAAAAAUAAAAAUUAAAUGCAGGGUAAUAAAGUAAUCUUUAUUUGGAGGCUAUACUUUAAGAGAAAAACUAUAAAGUUUUAAGUGUGGUUGGAUGGUCUGGCUAGGCCACGAUACUCAGGAAAUAUCUAUGUUAUUGAAUGCAAAAAUACCCUGAUCCUCAACUCUGAAAAUAUUUUUUAGCCCACCUGAAGCCAGUUUCAAAGCUCAAAGUUUGCUGUCUAAAGGCUUUUUUUGAAAAAAAUAUCUACAGUCUUAAUGUUUCCAUCGAUAUGAAUACUUAACAAUGCUGAAUAAAUGACACAGGUUUUUAUCAUUCGAAUGAUUUAUCCCUUUCUAGUAUAAAAUAUGCCAUUCUCCCCCCAAUUCCUAUAUUUCAGUCUAUCCACCAGGAAGUUGUGACUCAGAGCUAUUAAGAUACUCUAGAAUUGAAUUUGAAGAUGAAAGAGGUAUCUUACUGUACAGUGGUUAAGAGUCGGGUUUUGGACUGUGGCAUAUAGAAAGUCCUGAGUACUUGUAGCCACCAUCACCACCACCAUUAUUGCUAUGUUAAGGCAUGUUGGAGAAAAUAACUGCUAAUUAAUAAAUAUGUUCACUACAGCCCAGAUAGACUAUAGAGACAAUCGAACAAAGUGGACGGAGAAAAAGUGAGGGCUCUUGAAAGGACCCGAAGAACCUAGUUAAUCUGUUAGCUAUCAAGUCUGUUUGCUGCUGUAAAAUAUGAGAAGAGGACAUACAUCAAAACUUGUACCUACUGGAAGUAGUACUCUUUGGGCAAAGAUUUCAUUGAUUUUAAGCCACAAAAAAUACCACCCAUGCCAACUGCAAACCAGAGAUACUCUAUAUAAGUAUGGAAGAGUGGCCAACAGUGGAAGCCACAUUAGCCAUACUUUUGUGCUGGAUGGGCAGUGAUUUCAUAUUUUUUUAAUAAAAUGUUUUUAAAGUAUUAUAUUUCAGGUUUUAGAAGACUCAUGCAUUUAUAGUAUUUUAUCAUUAAAUAUCUUAAGAUAUUACAGUGAGUGUUAACAUGUAGGCUACUUUGAGUUAGGCCUUUUUAGCUCAGCAUGUCAACUUUAAAAUGUUUCUAACACUUAAUAUAUAUAUAUACUAAUUAUGCCACUUGUGUCAGUUGCUAUGUUUUAAUAGUUUUAAGUACAGGCACUCUAUUAUAGAAAAUUCUACUUAUUUUUUGAAACCGUAACUCUGGCUUGAUGUUAAAUUCCUGUAGACAUGCUAAGGAAAAUCUAAGUAUCAGUAUCAAGAACUUCAUUCAAAAAGAUUACUCCAUUAUGUAUAUUUUACCACAAUUAAAAAUAAAAAAUUUUAAAAGAUUGCUCAGGAAUCUUUUUCUCACUGAAAUGCUUUUAUUAGCCUUCUGCAGGCUCCGAAUUAGCAUUCUGUACAUGUUUCCCAAGUUGGCUUAAAAGCACUAUUCUUGGUCUUGAUACAUUUAUGAUGUCUGAUGAAAUUGCAGAUGAAAAGGAAAAAACAUUAUGAGAAACAGUGGUCUUUUUUGUUGUUUUGAAGAGUCCCAUGAAGUUAGUUACAGGAGGUAUGGAAGUCAAAGAAUCUCUUGGUUGAAUUUUGGGUUUUAAUUUUCUUCGGUGCUCUUUCCCUAAAAAUUAGAGAGCCACAAUAAAUGUCUCUUUCUUAAGCCUAAGAGCUCUAUGCAUAGUUCUGUUUUCUUCACAUCACUAAAACAUACUGAGAAUAGGUAAGUAGCUUCCAGGCGUAGAUGUUAGAGUGCAAAAUUUUAUGGGGAUCAAUAUAUAGUUGCCAACUUUUUUUUUUUAAUGGCCGUAUCUACAGCAUAUAGAAGUUCCCAGGCCAGGAAUUGACUCCAAGCUCUAGCUGCAAUCUAUGCCACAGCUGUGGCAUCACUGGAGUCUUUACCCACUAUACCACAGUGGGAACUCCUGGUUGCCAAUUUUUUAUUACACCAGGUUGGAACUCAUGAAAGAACAAAUGCCGAUUACUUUAAACCUCAUUUUGUAAAGGAAGGGAUGUUUUAACAUCAAAAGAAAGUAUAAAAGACAUUAUCUCAAAAUGGAGGACUUUACUUUGAAUGAAAUUAACUUUAUUAGAAACUUGGUUGUCCUUAUUUUUUCUUAUGUUACAACAAACCUGUGAAAACCUUAUCAGACCAUUCAUUACUGGUACACAUUGUUAUUCAGAAGCCAGUAUUAAAGUGAAGAAAUAAUGGGACUGGUUUUAUUUUUUUAUGUAAGCUACUCUUACACCAAAGAGGCUAUACAAAACCCAGACAUUCUUCUAGUCAUGAUAUUCAGAAAUAUGGCCUCCCACACAUACCUAGCUUUCCUCAGAUACUUCCUGAAUAAAUGAAGUUCUUUCCUAUGCUUUUCUUUUCCUAUUCUUUCUUUCCAUUUGUGACUCCAGCAAACUGAUUCUUGACUUUGGAAGGUUCUAUCUUUGCUUUUUACAGUAAGAUACCAAGUGAGACUGAUUUUGGUCCUACACUUAGCACACAUGAACCAGCGCUAAGCAUAUACAUAAAAUCAGUAAGUAAUUUAUUUUCCCUAUUAUAUGUCUAAUAGGAAUUGAUGAGUAACAAAAGAUCUGGACCCUGAUCUUGCAGGCCUAGGCCACUCAGCCAUCAUCUGCCAACUCUGUAUAAAACUGUACAUAGUAACAAUAGAAAGAAUGUGGUCUCUGUCCCAAGAACUUUUAAGAUAGACAAGUCAUACAUGAAACAGAAAAACAGCAGGAUCAUAAUUAAGUCACUUAUAUGUUAUUUCAGUAAUGACUUAUUUCUAUGCAUGACUUGUGAGAAAAAGCAAAGGAAGAGAGGGAUUUCUGUCUAGUGACAUUAGUAGAGACAGCCUUUAAAAGAAAUGAUUAACUUGGGCUUGUAAAUGGGAAGGUAUUUUAGGUAUGUGGAAUUAGAAAACCAAAAGUUUACAAGUACUUUUCUUUUUGGUAGCCUCUACAUUUUGAAUUCUUAGUAAUUAAACAAUUAAAAAAUGUCAUGGCCAGAAGGUAUCUUAGAGAUAAAAGGAAAAUCAUUUACCUUUUUUAAAGACAGGAAUUAUGGAUGGUCCUCCAUUUCUCUCCAGACUAAAAUGAAAACAUUUUUAUCACAAAACUAGAAAUAUUUAAAGACUUUGUAUACCCAGCUGUCAUGUUCAGUGCCUAGUGGUCUGAUUCAUACAUGUUACCUAUACUAAGUAUGAAUGUUACCUGUAGGUAUUUUGUGGUGUAUCAUUUACUCACUUAUCACCCGGAACAUCUGGAAGAUUAAAUCUGCUUGAAGUGACCAGGGAAAGCUUCACAGAAGAAGAGACACUUCAUCUAUUUUGAAGAAACUAGGUCUUCAGUGUGAUGAGGCAGGGGGAGGGUAUUCCAGACAGAGGGACUAGGAUAUGAUAACUGCACUAUAAAACAGCACGGCCUGUUCAAAAGACACUAAGUAGUCUGAUGUGAUUAAAUUAAAGAUAUCUGGAGACAUGGUGGGAGAUAAGGUUUGGAGAAUAUAUCAGGUCAUCUUAUGUAUAAAGAAUAAGAGAAAUUUUGAACUUUAUUUUCAAAGUAAUGGGAUACCAAUGAAGUGUUUCAAGCCAAAGAAUAACAAGGUAUACCUAAGUUAAUAUAAUGUGUGUGACUGUAAAACAAGUAUUAUUAAUCAUUCUGUACAUGUAACUUAUAAAUAUAUUACCAAAUUUCCCUGGUAAUAAAAUGUAGUCUUAAUUAAAGUUAAAAUAUUAAAACUGCUUUUUACAAAUAUGUUCCAGGUUAAUGAUGAGGAACAUUCUCCUAUUGUCAACUUUAAUAGUGAGGCACAGGCUCCAAUAUGUUUAUAUCCCAACUUCAUGUCUGUAGGGUAACAUGAAACUAGUUAGUGUUAGACUCAGAUUAUAUUCAUGCAGGGUCAAUUAACAUUAAAAUUAUCUCUCUCUACAUACUAAAAAAUUUACACAUUCAAGGGCUCUUAUAAUCUGCCAUUCUUGGCGUUAAGUGGGGGUGUGGGAAUGGAGAAGUAGUAUUUACUCCAAAACAAUGCUUUCAUGAUCCCAACCCCCAUUGAUCUACUUUCUGUUUCCAGUAUUGGUAUUAGGGAAUAUUUUGUGGAACUUUAUUAUCUUUUAGUGCAUUUCCCAUCGUUUCACUUAAACCAAAUUCCUUUAUAGGAUUGCUAUGAGAAUUAAAGGCUCUAAUGAGAAUACAUGGCAUUAUUAGUUAUGGAAGUAAUUGCUAUUUGGUUACCAGUUCCCCCUCACUUGAUAGCCAUUCCUAUAAGUUUAUUAACCACUUGUUACUGCUUAUAAGCCUGAAAGUUGCGUAUUCACAACUCCAGGGGGUAUCAUUCACUUCAGUCAUUGUAGAUUUAUAUGGUUACUACAACCCUUUUCCAGCAGAUGGCAGUAAAGUGUCCUGAAAGGGAUACCUUUUUCCAAUUCCCAAAAAGUUGCCGUAAGGGCUAGCUGUGGGAGUGACUGAAUACAACAAUACUUCCAUUAUUUAUCCUAAAUUAAUUUUUUUGGACAGUAAAUGUUAUUUUUAACAUUGUCAAUUACAGUAAUUGUAAUUUAGUUUUCCCUGGUUUGUUAUUUAAAAUUAGAUAAUCUGUUUGGGGUUUUCAGUUUUUCAAAAAAUUGUAAUUAAAGUGACUCUGAAGAUACACUCAUUUUUAUUUAUUUUUUUAUUUAUUUGCUUUUUUCAACCACACUCAUGGCAUAUGGAAGUUCUGGCUAGGGGUCGAAUUGGAGCUACAGCUGCCAGCCUGCACCACAGCCACAGCAAUGCCAGAUCCAAGCCAUGUCUGCAACCUGCACCACACCUCCUGGCAACACCAGAUCCUUAAUCCACUGGGCAAGGCCAGGGAUUGAACCCAUACCCUCAUGGAUACUAGUCGGGUUCGUUACCACUGAGGCACAAUGGGACCUCCAUAUUCUCUUGUAUUAUGGUAGAGUUAAUAAUAUAUCUUGAGUAAUUCUGUUUCCUAUGUAUAAGUAGCACUAUCUGCAGAGACUUGUAAUUCAGAUACAGUAUGGAAGAAGAGAAAAUAUGCCCUUCGUAAGGUGAUUCUCUCUUUUUUCAGGAACUUAAGUUUAUGUUGGAACUACAACACUGAGGCAAAAUUCUCUGAAUAAAUGCCUGGCAAAUUUUACCAUUGCUUCAACCACUGGGUCUGAUUUAGCCCUGUUUAUGCUGUGGGAAUAUGGCCUCAUUUUGGAUCAAGUCUGAGAGUCCCAUUUGAUGCCAAGGUCAUAGUGGCAUUUCUGUUUGUCGCAGAGUUCUGAAAUGUACCCUAAUCUGCAAAAAAGUGGUUUCUUGGAUCAGACCUGAAGGCAACCAAUCUUCCAAAAACCUUUCUGAAUAAUUCUGGCCAGAUAGGAUCCCCAGGAUCUGGUUAUAUCCUUAUCUGCACUCACAAUUCUGUCAUUAGGUUGGAAUUAAAACAGACUUUGGCAAUGGACUUUUUUUUUUCUCUUUUUAGGAUCACACUUGCAGCAUAUGGAAGUUCCCAGGCUAGGGGUCAAAUUGGAGUUGUAGCUGACGGCCUAUGCCACAGCAAUGCCAGAUCCGAGCUGCGUCUGCCACCCACUCCACAGCUCAUGGCAACGCCAGAUCUUUAACCACUGAGUGAGGCUAGGGAUCGCACCUGCAUCCUCAUGGAUGCUAGUCAGAUUCGUUUCUGCUAAGCCACAAUAGGAACUCCGGCAAUGGACAUUUACAAUGAAGUUUAUUCUUUGUUGUACAAUGCAUGUAUUUAUAUCAAGGAUACUUCCUCUUGUUUAUUCUCAAACUUCCUUAAAAAUUCCUCUAUCAAUAAUUUCAGCAGUUCCAAAGUUCCUGUUGUGGCGCAGCGGAAAUGAAUCCGAUUAGUAUGCACGAGGAUGUGGGUUCAAUCCCUGGCCUCACUCAAUGGGUUAAGGAUCUGGCACUACUCUGAGCUGUGGUGUAGGUUGCAGACAUGGCUCGGAUCCUGCGUUGCUGUGGCUGUAGCUUAGGCCAGCAGCUACAGCUCCGAUUCAACCUCUAGCCUGGGAACUUCCAUAUGCCACAGGUGUGGCCCUAAGAAGCAAAAUGAUAAUAAUAAUUUGAGGAGUUCCCUGGUGGCCUGAUGGGUUUUGGAACCAGCAUUGUCACUGCUGUGGUUCAAGUCACUGCUGUGGCAUGGAUUUGAAGCCUGGCCCAGGAACUUCUGCAUGCUGCAGGUGUGGCAAAAAAUUUUAAAAAAAUCCACUGCUGCAAUUUCAGAUAUAUAGAGACAAUACCUUAAAGAAGGAAGUCCCACUCUUUGUUGCAUUUGAAAUUCCUUUAAAAACAUUGGGUUUAUACUUGCAUCUCUGCUGAUAUUGUUUGUUAUACGAAGGAACUGAUUAGGCUUAUUUCUGCAUUCCUUUAAUAAGAUGCGGAAAGCAUUUGCGUUGUAAGUUAAGUAGCCAAGAGCACUGGAGCAAGCCAUGCGAACCUAAAUGCGAAGAAACAAUUUCUCCUUAACCAUUGAGCUUUGUUCUUAAAAUACCUAACCCAGUGCUCUUAUUAAAUAUUUCAUAGGAAGGUCUCUAGCUAUGUAUAGCAAAUAUCUCUGUCACCCAAUGGCAGUCUGUAGGUGGAAGCAUAGCAGCCAUAUUUUUAGAGAGGGCUGUCAAUUGUCAUUGAUUUCUAGUUGUUCUUGGUCCUAACUGCAUUUUUUUCUUUUGGCUGCACCUGCGGCAUCUGGGAAUUCCUGGGCCAGGGAUUGAACCAGCGCCACAGCAGUGACAACGUCGGAUCCUUAACCCACUGCACCACAGGAGAAUUCCCUGACUGCAUUUUAGAAUCACCAAUUAAAAAAAAAAAAAAAAAGCCCACCGACUA